ACCUCACAUGCGCUGUAAAGUACAUUUCGCGCGAAACGCAGUUGGAACAACAGAGGUGGUCCAGCUUUAUGUGACCAAGUAUUGUCUACAAAUGGCUUCAUGUGCCAUAAAGUCGGUGUGAUCUCCUCUCAAAAUGAUAGAAGGUUGUAUCGUCGCAAAACUGGUGCUUGGUUACCUAAAAGAUGAAGGACUUUACAAAACAUGUGCUGCUUUCCAAGAUGAAUGUUCUCUGUUCUGUGAUGAUAACAAGGAACUAAACAAUGUCUUUCUUACAGCUGACCUUAAAACAAUAUUAGAUGAUUAUUCUUAUCUUCGAGAAUCAGGAAGGGAAAAUGGCAUGAUAAGUGGCCCUGCUGUUCUAAAAUCACUGUGGAAUGAUUUAGAUGUUCUGAUCGGACAAUUGAAAUAUGCUACCAUCCCCUCAAGCACACCAAAAACUUAUACAGUUAGUCAGUCAAUUCGCACUAAGAGGCUUAACUAUGGCCGCUCGAGAAGGAGCUUACUACCCGCAAGCCAAGAACAGAGAACAACAACAACAACAACAAGCCCCUUUCUCCAGCCAACAGCAAAACCAACUGGAAACACUGCAACACCAAAACUUCCUUUGCCAAGGUUAUCAACCAAUGGAUCACUGCAGAAUCUGUCAUUGUCAUCAAACAAAAAUUCUCCCCUAGGCAACCAGUUUAGAAGUCAUAGCCUAGUGGUUCAAAAUAGUCAGUCAAAUGUCAGCAAGGAACAACCCCUAACUUUGCCCAGAGCAUCCACUCCUGUAGGAUCUCCUGUUUCAAUACCUAGUCAAUGCAUCGCAGGCGAUGUUCAGGCAGCCAGAGCUGUAAUAAAUGUUACUCCAACACAGUCUCUUAUCACCAUGACGGACUGUGAUGAACUUGCUAAAAGUGAUGAUAUUGUCCAAGACAUGUUUGACGAUGUAACAGCUGGUGAUACCUCAAGGGGCUCUGAGUAUGAUCAGGGGAGAAUGGAGGACACAGCUCCUCCUGUGAUUGUAGUUAAUGAAGAAGUGGGCAAGGACCAGACAAUAUUGAACACAGAGGAAGAGUCUCUUGCUCAGACUCACCACAACUUGAGCCAGGAUGAAUUACAUUUACGCUCACCAAAACGUAAAGGGGUUCAGCCAAAGAAAAGAACCCCUUCAGGGAGCACAGGGACCUCAGGAGCAGCCCCUAAUUCACCUUCUAAGCAGGUUCCAGAGUCUGCUGAAGUUGAAAUGGACCUUAUGUGUUCAUCAGAUGGUCUGACUCCACAAUCUUUCCUGGGCACACUGCUGAGUACCCCUCUGUUGCAAGAGAAACUUGCAGAAAAUAUCAACAAAGUAGUUGGAAGUUCAAGGCAGCAGUCUGUUGGUGACGAAACCCUCAUAGAUCUUACUUCACAAAGUUUGAUGACAACAGAGGACAGCAGCAGUGAUAUGCCCACUACAUCAAACCAGGGUGGUAAUGAUAUUCCUGUCAAGGAAAUCUUAGAUCUGAUGCAGGCCGACCCAGCUUUUGAUGUUCUUUUCUCAGUGUUUGGACUUGAUGCUCUAGACGCUUUGCCAUCAACAGCUAAUGCUCCAGCAGACACAAGCUUAGGUACUGAGAUGUCGCCUGGAUCACGUCAGCCCAUGGACUCUCUUUGCGUGCCAUCAUCAUCUGCUGCUCCAGCUCAACUUUCAGGUACACUUGGUGUUCCCUCGUUUCCUGACGAAUGUCAAUCUCAUUCGGGAUCCAAUGUUAACACCAAUUCACCAACAACAUCAGUUCAUCAAAGUGUGACUUCGAGUUCUUCGUCCACUUCAGAUUUGCACCUAUCAGCCACCAGUAUCGUCACCGAUGCGUUGCUCUUACUGGCAGGCAGCCCGCAGAAGACUCAUUCUCAAACACAGUCACACUUUGUUCCCUCAGCAAAUUACCGCAACUCUGAGAAACAGUUGCCCAAAACCCUGCCUGAGGAGAAUAUUCAAGUACAGCGGUCUACAAACAGCAGACAGUCCAGAGUUAGUUCUUCGUGCAAUCAGCCCAGUUUGAUUACGUCAGCCUUUCCACAUGUUCGUGCGCUCAAUUUUAAUCUUGGAAGAACACUAGAGUCAACCAAGAGGAGUACAAAGGAAAAUAGUAAAAGUGAGAAAAGCCCCAGGCAGAAAAUGACAGCAGAAAAAACCAAAAACGUAUCUUCAAACAAGAAAAAACGAAGAAACAUAAGACGGAGUGUGGAAGCUAAAAGAUCUUCAUCGUCAUCGUCAGCUAAUUCUGCCGUUUUUUACAGUAACGUACAAUCUGUGGUGCCUACGACUGUUUCAACAAGCGUGAACACAUGUGCUGCGCAACCAUUAAACAAUUGCGCAAGACCAAGGAAUCUCACUUCCUCUUCUGUUGUCCGUGUCGUGCCCAGUGGCCCUCUUGGGUCUCCUAUCCUUUCAUGUUCCAGUGUUAUGAGCUCUGUCACCACACCUUCUGCAUUAUCAGACACUGUUUGCAGUUCAUUUGUCAGACCCUCUCUCCUGCCUGACAACCUGAUCGGACCCUCCCCUUUGCAUGGUAACCUGGCCAGAUCCUCCCCUCAGCCUUGUUACCCGGCUGGACCCCCUCCUUGCCCAACUCCAGCAGCAGUUACAUAUGUCACUCUUGGAUCAGGGCCUAGCGACUCACCCGUCACGUGUACCAACUUGGUAACUGAUCCAUUCACUGCACCUGUCAGUGUUCCAGUCACAGUAGGCAGAGACUUCCAAUCCCAUGACAGUCAUCCGAACCCAGAGAGUGGCAGUCCUGUAUCGGUGAAUACCUUUCAUCCUAUACCUCCCACCUUCAAGUUUUCUACCAGCGCAUCACUUCAUGUACCAUCAACAGUCACUCUUGGAAACACUGGUUAUGCAUCAUCCCACUCAUGUUGUAAUGUCACUUCCCAACAUUUGUCGAAUACCUUGGCUGUUCAGGCCAGUCCGGUGAAUCCAGUCGUAUGGAACACUCCCCCUUCUUCUCAUCUCGCCAGUUCAGUCACGAAGCAGCUGUCGUUACCCACUAAUCUCGCAUACUCCAACCCAACCAAAAAAUUAGCUGUAUCGCCAUUGUCACAACCUUUGAACACGUUAACUCCAUCGUCUGCAACAGAAACUGAUCAAGGUGUUUUACGUGAACAAUUCACAGACUCGUCCGCUAAUAAUCGAAAGUCAAUGACUGCUCCAGGACGAAAUGUUAAUGAUUCAUCACCGUUUGGAUCUGUGACAACCAACGUAGAAAUUACAACUACAACAGCGUCUUCUGUUGCUUCACCCUCUCUAAACGCGUCCAGUUGGUUACAAACAAUUGCAGUAAAGCAUGUAAACUCUGACGAAACUCAAAAAACAACCCAGGUUGUCGAAGAGACUAUUCUGGGUGCGCUAAACCCCACGCCUCGCCGAACUUUAGAGUCAACACUUGAGUCACAAUCUUUGCGAGAAAAUUUAGCAUGUAAAAGCAUUGAAAAAUCACAGGAAAACACUGGAAAGGCAAACGAAAAACAUAAUGGCGAGAUACCUCACAAUGGUUCUGAGAAUGAUUUCACGAAUUCUGUGACUAUCGUAGGACGAUGUGCGGAGGCGAUGGAAAGCAAAAAUGGAAGUACGGAUUCUCUGACAACGAAUCCAGUAAGUGGUGAUCCGACGAAGGAAAACUCUUCAGGGAUGGUACAGUCAGGAUCAAGGUGCGAAACAGAUGAACGCGGCUCAUUAAAGCAGCCAGGGAAAAGACGAAGGGACUUACUUCAAAAGGAAAAGGAAAAGGACACAAGAUCAUUAUCUCGACCCUCAAAGAGAUCGAAGUCCAAAGGAAGGAACGUCAAUUUUCCAUCAGAUCUGAAUGUGGACGAGUUUUUAUCUAAGCUUCAAUAUGAAAUCUAGUAGAUUUCUUUAAUCAAGAAGAUAGAUGUAUUACAAAUUGAUAUUUUAUAGCAAAUGCAAAUAUGUUUAUAUUCAGAGAUAUAUUAAUGUUUAGAAUGGACUGUUUGAAAUAAGACCACACUAGGUACCCAUAAGGCUACUGUAAUAGGCUUUCGGGUCCUUUGGUUGUAAAUAAAAAUUGCAUUA